AUGGGGGACACCUCCCAUGUGAAACCCUUGCUGGGGGACACCUCCCAUGUGAAACCCUUGCUGGGGGACACCUCCCAUGUGAAACCCUUGCUGGGGGAAACCUCCCAUGUGAAACCUUUGUUGGGGGACACCUCACAUUUGAAACCCUUGCUGGGGGACACCUCCCAUGUGAAACCCUUGCUGGCGGACACCUACCAUGUGAAACCCUUGUUGGGGGACACCUCCCAUGUGAAACCCUUGCUGGGGGACAUCUCCCAUGUGAAACCCUUGUUGGGGGACACCUACCACGUGAAACCCUUGUUUGGGGACACCUCCCAUGUGAAACCCUUGCUGGGGGACACCUCCCAUGUGAAACCCUUGUUGGGGGACACCUCCCAUGUGAAUCCCUUGCUAGGGGACACCUCCCAUGUGAAAUCCUUGCUGGGGGACACCUCCCAUGUGAAACCCUUGUUGGGGGACACCUACCAUGUGAAACCCUUGUUGGGGGACACCUCCCAUGUGAAACCCUUGCUGGGGGACACCUCCCAUGUGAAACCCUUGCUGGGGGACACCUCCCAUGUGAAACCCUUGUUGGGGGACACCUCCCAUGUGAAACCCUUGCUGGGGGACACCUCCCAUGUGAAACCCUUGCAUGGGGACACCUCCCAUGUGAAACCCUUGCUGGGGGACACCUCCCAUGUGAAACCCUUGCUGGCGGACACCUCCCAUGUGAAACCCUUGCUGGGGGACACCCCCCAUGUGAAACCCUUGCUGGCGGACACCUCCCAUGUGAAACCCUUGCUGGGGGACACCCCCCAUGUGAAACCCUUGCUGGCGGACACCUCCCAUGUGAAACCCUUGCUGGGGGACACCUCCCAUGUGAAACCCUUGCUGGCGGACACCUCCCAUGUGAAACCCUUGCUGGCGGACACCUCCCUUUUAAUCCCAAAUUUUUUCUUUCAUUUGCAGUUGUUAUUUCAGGAUUCAUAA